AUGGUUUCAAGUGUGCCCGUACACAGUAAACGCCGGUGCCGGCUCAACAAGCGCAACAAGCGCGAGCUGCCGGCGUCAACCGGCAAACAAAUUCUAAGCUUGAUGGGACUGCUGAUGAUUGGAGUGAUACUGGGCUCAAUUCUGACCGAUGAAUCAAUUCAAAAAUCCGACAAACCUGUCCUGCCAACAGCUGUUCCUCCUGACGAACGUCUAUUCAUAUCUUAUGAACUCAGUGUUGCAUUUGCGAUUUUUCUACCACUAGCACCCGCUGUGGUUGGGAUACUCAGCCUAUUCCUGCUUAUUGGCACAAAAAAGAGAUUCAAAAAUGUAGUGACAAGUUAUUACGAACUUGGUGAAGCGUCACUACUGAAGAAAUUUCUAGAAUAA